AAGAAUUGAAGAAGUUUCAUCGAAUUACUCUCAAAUCGUAUGGUGAGGAAGUCAAAAUCUUGAAAGAUCUGAGAUUGUUUCCACAAAACAAGAAGAUGAAUCAAGAAGAUAAAGAGAAGCCUAUUGAAGAAGCUUCUUCAUCAAUGGAAAGAGAACACAUGUUCGACAAAGUAGUAACACCAAGCGACGUAGGCAAACUAAACCGACUCGUGAUCCCAAAGCAACACGCAGAGAGAUACUUCCCAUUAGAUAACUCCACAACAAACGACAACAACAAAGGUUUGCUUCUAAACUUCGAAGAUCGAAGCGGAAACUCAUGGAGGUUCCGUUACUCUUACUGGAACAGUAGUCAAAGCUAUGUCAUGACUAAAGGUUGGAGCCGUUUCGUCAAAGACAAGAAGCUUGAUGCUGGAGACAUCGUUUCUUUUCAGAGAGACUCCGGUAAUAAAGACAAGCUUUACAUCGAUUGGAGGAGAAGACCUAAGAUUCCCGAUCAUCAUCAUCAUCAUCAAACUUCUCAUCAGUUCGCCGGAGCUAUGUUUCCUAGGUUUUACACAUUCCCUCAUCCUCAGAUGCCGACAAAUUACGAAAGUCACAACCUUUAUCAUCGAUUUCAUCAACGAGAUCUAGGAAUUGGAUACUAUGUGAGGUCGAUGGAGAGGAGUAAUCCAACGGCUGUGAUUGAAUCUGUGCCAGUGAUGAUGCAAAGGAGAGCACAAGUGGCUUCUAUGGCUUCGAGAGGAGAGAAGAGGUUAAGGCUGUUUGGUGUAGAUAUGGAGUGCGGAGGCGGCGGAGGAGGAGGAGGAGGAAGUGUUAAUAGUACGGAGGAAGAGUCGUCGUCUUCCGGUGGUAGUAUGCCACGUGGCGGCGUUUCUAUGGUUGGUGCUGGUUCUCUCCUCCAGUUGAGGUUAGUGAGCAGUGAUGAUGAGUCUUUAGUAGCAAUGGAAGCUGCAAGUCUUGAGGAUCAUCACUUCUUUACAAAGAAAGGAAAAUCUUCUUUGUCUUUUGAUUUGGAUAGAUGAUGAUUACGAGAUUAAUCACUAUU